CACAGAAGUGUUAUUCUAGCUAUGGUACAAUAAGAUUUACAUUCUCUGAGUUGUUAUAAUAGGGUUGUUUGUUCUCUGGUAAUAAGGAUAUUGCCCUUUCAUAAAAUGUAGUCUGUUUUCAUAGUGAAUGUGGGAGGUUAAAUUGGCUCUCCUGGCAUGUUAAUUGGCCUAAUUGACUUUUGAAUGCUUUCAUUGAAACACCAACGUCUUCUUGGCAUUUACAUAAAGAAUAAUUGUUAUUUACACUGGCUGUCAGACAAUCACAGAAAGUACACAACUGUUGGUUCACAACCUCUCCACCCCUUAAACGUCAUAGCUGGUUAUUCUGUGACAGGCACCGGUCUGUCCCAGUAGAACCACUUUGUUGAUGUGAGUCCAAGGGUAACAGAGGAGGACAGCACAUCUUAAUCUAAUAGGUUCAAACUCAAAGGUCAUAUCUGCUGACAGUGAUGCACCAAACAACACGUUUUCAGCUGUCAGCUGGUGAUGAAUGAUGCAGCUCUGCUGAUUUAACAUCAGGUGUAGAAUUUGAAUAGGGACCACACACAUUCAGGCCUGAUCGUGGUCAUGCGCCAGCCUAUUUAACUUGAAUAUAUGGCUGGACUAUCAGUUUAUCAUUUCUGUCGCUCUCCCUGGGCGCGCGCGCGCACGCACGUAUUUAGUUAUUCUGUCAGCCUUAGCAACAGGGCAACACGCUUCUCCCAUUGGCCUCCUCUCAGUAUAGACACUUCUUCUAUUCGCCCUCCCCUCUGCCACUCAGGAACGAAAAUGCACGAAGACUGCUGUGGCUGCUGCGGAAUACAAGGGCAACAGGGCUGGGUAGGGUCUGGCCUGGAUAUGCAGUGGAUGCUGAGGGAGAAAAAAUACAGCCGUUUGUAAUCGUAAUGGGUAUCUUAUUGAAAUGCAACUGGCACAGUUUUAUGGAUGCAUGCUUUAACAUCAAUGCAAGCCCCUCCGCGCUCUGUGAUAACGGUCUAAUAAGGCUAAUCAGGAGCUUUUGCUAUUUUGCAGCAUCUCUAGCGUAGACAAAUUGUUGCACCAAAUGCAACGUUUUCCUCAGUUCUCCUCGGCCCUUGACUGUCAUCUUUCGGUGCAGAUUUUCCAGUCACCUUAAUCAGUCAUUCUGCAGGGAGGCGCCAUGCUGACCAGCAUCACUGAAGGGAUACUGUGCUGCCUGACUGGGAAGGCUGCCAGUUUGGUCUUGCCCCUGGAGUUGUCAGAGCCCUCUGAUGGAUUUGAAUUUGUGGAGGUGAAACCUGGGAGAGUCCUGCGAGUGCGGCACAUUGUCCCUGAGCGUCAGCCCUUAGUGACGGAAGACCAAAUUGCAGGCAAGGAGAAGAUGGGCGGCGAGUGCGAUGACGACAGCUCUCCUGAGGAUAACGAGAGCAGUACCGGCAGCAGCGUCCACUGUAAGAGGAAGAUCACUGUCUACCGCAACGGCCAGCUAGUGAUUGAGAAUCUCGGCGAUGUUUUGCACUCUGAGAUCCUGCAGUGUCAGGAUGGGGAUCUGGAGCCCUGCAGCACUGUGGAGGUGGAGCUGGCUGAUUUCAAAGAAAUGGCCUCUUCCCCAGACCCCAACCCCAUUCCUCCUCCAGUUCCUCCCCCUCCUGGAGAGCAGAAACCUGCUCCACCUCCACGCCGCCGCCGCCGCAAGCCCAAGCGCACUGUGUUCAUUGACUCAAAGAGGGUGAUCUCAAGCUGCAAGGGGACACACUCGGAUGUAGCGCUGUUCUUUGUGCACGGUGUGGGAGGCUCUCUGGACAUUUGGAGCAGCCAACUGGACUUCUUCUCUCGGCUGGGCUAUGAGGUCGUCGCGCCAGACCUGGCGGGGCAUGGAGCCAGCACUGCUCCACAGAUCGCAGCAGCUUAUACGUUUUAUGCCCUGGCGGAGGACUUACGCGCCAUCUUUAAGAGAUACGCUCGGAAACGUAACAUUCUCAUCGGUCACUCAUAUGGAGUGUCAUUUUGCACCUUCCUGGCCCACGAAUAUCCUGAUUUGGUCCAUAAGGUGGUGAUGAUCAAUGGAGGGGGUCCCACAGCUCUGGAGCCCAGUCUCUGCUCCAUCUUCCAGCUGCCAUCUUGCGUCCUUCACUGUCUGUCACCCUGCCUGGCCUGGAGCUUCCUCAAAGCUGGAUUUGCCCGUCAGGGCGCCAAAGAAAAGCAGCUGUUGAAGCAAGGCAAUGCCUUCAAUGUGUCUCCAUUUGUCCUGCGAGCCAUGAUGAGUGGCCAGUACUGGCCUGAGGGGGAUGAGGUCUACCAUGCUGAGCUCACUGUGCCCAUCCUUCUGGUUCAUGGCAUGUGUGACAAGUUUGUGCCCAUGGAUGAGGACCAGCGCAUGGCAGAGAUCCUCCUGUUUGCAUUCCUAAAAGUCAUUGAGGAAGGAAGUCACAUGGUCAUGAUGGAGUGUCCUGACACUGUCAACACCCUCCUCCACGAAUUCUUUCUAUGGGAGCCUGACAUGUCCAGAAAAGACAGCAGCAAGACAGAGACAGAGAAGACAGUUGCUGUCAGUGACACUCUCCACACGCUGAGAAUCAAUAAGCCUGUGGACAAAUAACCAAUAAGGAGUCUAGUUUUAUCCCAGAACCAAACAGAAGGCCUUUUUUGGCAGUUGGCAUGUGUUCUUAAGGCUGCUCCCAGGCUGAGAGCUGUUAUAUACAGGGCCACAUCUUAAGGAUGUGGACGGCCACUGGUGCUUCAAGAUAAAGCAGGACUUAGGCAUGGUGCCAACUAGAGAAUGAUGGAACAAACAUAAAGAUGAGAGGAACGGAUGCAAAGUCAGUCGUUUUCUGCUUCGCUUUUUGAUACGAGUCUGUGCUCCAUUACGUCAUGUUUGCAAAAACAACACAAUACCUGGAGAUCAAAAGGACUAUGUCCAUUUGUGAUUUGUGUAUGAAAUGUUUCUGGUGAAGAACUGAUUACAAAAGGCAUAAAAUCCACAAAAUGGUCUCUGAAUUUCCUCGCCUUCAUCUUAAAUAUUCUGUAAAGUACUGCAGAUCUUCUGUUCUACCUUUAUGAAAUGGUUAUUAACUUAUUGUUGGGCCCAUCUUACAUCUGCUUUCAAUGAGAGACCGGCAAAGUAAUAUGAGUAGGACUGGGGAAUAACGGAUCUGAUUUGCUGCUAGUGAAGGACAGUUUACAACAAAGUUAACUGUUGAUAAUAAUAAUUUAUUAUCCAGUUGACUGGACUGUCAAGGGAAAUGGAUUAAAAACAUUAAAUAUAUACUGAUGUACAUGCAAAUGUAAUUAAAAAUUGCACCACAUGCAUACAUAAAUUACAUUAUGCCUGAAGGAGAAACAUAAAAAUUCAUUGUUCACCUGCAAUCCAGCCACCAAUUAUUCACAUUCAUACACUGUGGCUUGUACACCAUCUCAAACAUAAAUACUCACGGCUAUUGUCAAUGAAAUUGGCUUAUCUAUCUCCAAAUUACAGCACUUUAUUUUCCAUGUGAUGAACUAAUAUCAAAUCUAAGUCCAAAAAAGCAAUCUGUGUCGAUGUUAAGCACAAUAUAAUCAAUUCAUCAAUUCAUAGUUGCAUGAAAAUUAAGUAAUAUUCAAUGGGAGAUUUGUGUGAAAUGGUUGCUAAAACAGAUUUAAACAAACAUGGAUGCCUAAUGGCUCUCCUCCUUUAUUCUAGCAGCCAUUUCUUCAAAACUAUAUAAUAUCCUAAGGAUACAAAAGUACAGAGGCCCUGCAUGAGUUCAGAAUAUGAAAAGGUGUGAGGGUUGAUCCAGACAGUUGCAAUAUAUUCUCAUAUGCACUCCUCUCUAAUCAAAUGAGUGUUCCUCUUCUUAAUGUGUAAGUAUUAUUUUUUGCCUUCAUUCUGAAAUAACAGCAACUGCCAUAACAAAUUGUGGUUGUAUUGACCGCUUUAAGCUGUUGUGUCUCUAAGCUGAUAAAUGCCAACGUGUGUGUUACUCCAACUACUCUCCAGUCCACCCUAUUUAUCUAAUAGUGAAAGACUGAAAGAAUGAGCUGAAUAUUAUGCUCACUGAAAGACAUUCAUUCAUGGGUGUUGCUUUGUCUCAUAAUGAGACACAGUAAGGUGCGAGUAAAAGCACAGUCUGUUAUGCUCCCUGACAGUGUGUAUCUGCUGACUGGAUAGUUUAUACUGUUUUGAGUAGCAGAAAGUGUAAACUGGUGGAUUUGAAACUGGGUGUCCAAUGCUCAAAAUCACAUGAGUUGGCCAAAGGAGAAAAUCCCCCUUAAAAAGAGGGACAUCUGUACUCACCAAGCUGGUCUGUUAUAUAUGCAUUUUGACAGUGCGGAUGCAACAUGACUGGUCUUAUGCAACUGUAACAAACAGAAUGGAAAACAGAAUGGAAAUAAACUGACCUGGCACUGAUGCCUCUAAAACAUUAUAUAUUCUCCGUGGACUUUCCAAAAACCAACAAGUGCUGCUGAUGCAAUGUACUGUAUGUUUCCUUUGGUGUAAAAGGUCAGUAAAACUGUAUGGACUACAGGGUGCACAUGUACUUCCUCUUAUGCUAAAAGUGUGCAUAUACAAAUUGUCAGUGCUCAUAUGUGCUAUAUCUUUUUUGUGGUUAACAAAAUGUGCUAAUGUUAUUGUUGCAUUUAUUCAUGGGAAACAUAAUAUAUGCACUGCCUGAGCGUAGAUGCGUAUAACAUUAUAUAGCCUAUGAAAAAAGUUGGAUUCAGUGUAUGAAUGUGCCUUUCCUGGCAUGAAAUAAAACAGAUGUUCAAAGUC